AUGAGCACAAAGGAAGACUCGGAUAUUCCCACUUUUCAUCACGAACCUCUGCAAGACCCACGCAACUACAUCGGGCUGCUCCAGGUCCUCCUCGUUGAUGAUGCGCAAGCCAUUGAAGGCAUCGAGGUUCACUGCCAACUCACUGCGCGACGCUUCAAUCCCAAAAAGAAAUCGCCAAUCCUCUUCAACACUGUGCGUGAGGAGGCCACGCCCUCGUACCAUGCGAUUUCCUAUGUCUGGGGCAGCCUAGGCGACACAGUGACGAUCCUCGUCAACGACCGGCGGAUGCGAGUCCGGCGGAACUGCGAGUAUGCUCCUAAGCAGUCGGCUUGUUACGGUGGCGCUCGCUACAGCUGGUGCGACGCUAUCUGCAUAGACCAGACGAACGACGAUGAAAAGGGCCACCACGUCUACAUGAUGGGGGACAUCUAUCGGAAUGCGCAGAUUGUUCUCUUGUUCUCGCAUGCGUCGGACCACACGCGCACGGUAGCCCGGUCCUAA